AAGUACGCAUCCGGUAUUCACUUAUACAAAUAUGAAAACUAUAGUGUCAAAUGUGUUUGCGUUCCUGGUAGCCACUAGUUGUGGUCAUAACGUCGAUAAUGAUUUCAAAAAUUCAAUGUGUGAGGAGACGGAAUUCCCACCAGAUCCUAGUUCUCAGUGUUGUGGCAUUGACACGCGGUCAUCCAAUAGUAUAAUUGAUGGUUACGAGGCUUCUGUCAGACAGUAUCCGUGGGUGGCUCUUUUGGAGUACGAGAUGAAUGGAUUUUCUUCCACCACUCUCUGUGGAGGAUUCUUGAUCAGCAGUUAUUACGUCAUGACUGCUGCUCAUUGUGUCACUGGAGAGAUGUUUGAUAAUAGAAAAGUACGACUAGUCAACGUUAUACUGGGUGAAUACGAUAUAACAAAUCACGGAAAAGAUUGUGCAAGGGAUAUAGACGGAGUAAACGACUGUACUGAUGGAGCAAUUAGUAUUCCUGUCGAAGAUAUUCAAAUUCAUCCUUCUUAUUCUGGUGAAAUUUCAAGUCAGGGAGAUAUUGCUUUGAUUAGACUUGCUAAAGCUGCUCCUUAUACUGAUUUCAUUCGUCCUAUCUGUCUUCCAAAAGAAAAUAUAUACAGCUACGCUGAAAAGGAUCUUGUUCUGCUUACAUCUGGUUGGGGCGUAUCCAAACAGUCUCUAGACAUGCUAGGUUGGUUCGAUAUGAAGGACAAAUUAAGCCCGGUCAAACUGCAUGUGGAAGUACCUUAUAUUCCGUUAGAGAAAUGCAAAUCGCAGCUUCCAGUCUCAAACGAACACAUAUGCGCUGGUGACGUUGGGAAACGAUCUUGCGGUGGUGAUUCUGGCGGGCCACUGAUGUAUGAACUCAAUGGACAAUAUGAAGCUGUUGGGGUCACUAGUUACGGAUCUGAUGUGUGUGCUGUGCUGCCCAUAGUCUACACCAAUGUUUAUUCAAAUUUGCCGUGGAUUGAAGGAGUAAUCUUUGAGGAACAAAAUAGCAACAGUUUUGAGGAACUAAAUACAAACAGCUUAUAUAAUUAUUAUAACUGAGAUCCCAUCCCAAUGCAAUCUUAUUAUUGCCUUCAUCCAUCAUAAUAUUAGUAGGGUUACCAAGUACAAUUUAAUUUAAGGAUAUGUAAUUAUUUUGAAAUUUCACUGACUACGUCCCACUAUUUUGUUUUACUGCUACGCUCAUAUAUUUUUAUAAUAUCAAAUGACGGGACGAACAAGUCAUGGUAAUAAGGGUCAUUUUACUUGAGUCGAGCAGUAAAGAUACUUGCUUUUUUUUAGAAUGUUUUCUACAAACG